AUGUGGACAGGCAAGCCUGAUCCUGAGGGCAACGAGGUGCCGAAAGCCAAGAGGUUUCGAAGGGAUUGUCUGGAGAUGGCAGUGUCCAACGAGGUGAGUUCUCAGAGGAGUGCCAGGCUUGCUAAAAAUGCACAGCUGGCGGGGGCGAGGCAUGUCCAAGACAUUGCCAAGCUCAGCACGACCCCCUCCAAGAAUAUCAACAGGGACUUGCUUCGUAAGGCAGUCAGGAACACGAAAUGGCCCAGUGUAUAUGAAGCCCAAGUUCCUUUUCACAGUGAGCAGACAAACAAGCGCUUCAUGGGUAAGAUGGUCUUCCUCCUGCCUCACGAGGUCAUCCACACCCUGCUGAAGGUCAACACAGUGGAGGACUUAAAGCAGACCCAAGGACCUGCUUUUUUCCAGGGUCGACCAGAUAUUGCAGAAUGCAUUGACCGAGUGCAGAGGCAGCAUGGCUUGGCAGCUCCCUCAAUGGCCCUUGGACUCUGGAUCGAUGCUGUCCCGUUUAAUAGCGACUGCAGUCAAUCGCUGGAGUGUGUCACCCUUUCCAUUCUUGGCUUGAGAGAUUGGCGAGUUCCGGUUUGCUGCUACCCUAAAGCCUUCGAACAGAAAGAUGCAACACACGAGGCCAUCCUGGGCAUCCUCAGCUGGUCUUUCAAGUGCUUAUUGUCAGACCCCAUUCAACAGCACGGAUGCUUACCGGGCCAAGAUCCUGCGACAGAGCCCCGACGGCACGAUUGGAAUGGCAUGUGUGUUGGGCGAGUUGCGGGGGGAUUGGAGCAUGCUGAAGCUCUACAUGUGCCCAGCUGGUCGUCCUACCACAUCUGCUGGUUGUGCCAGGUGAAGAAGACCGAUGUCAAGAAUGUUUCCCGAGAUGCUGCCUGGCGGCAGGAGCGAUUGGGGCACAUGGACUUCUUGCUCAGGCAGCCACGGGAAGGCCGGAUGAUCAGCAAUUUCUUCAGCAUUCCAGGCAACAGCAGGAAAGAGAAGUGUGCCAGGCUGUUCGACAAGCUGAAAGCAUACUAUGCUGCACAUCCCGAGGUGGACAGCAAACUGCCCAAACUGCUCCCCACCAUGCUUCGUUUUGAGGAAAAGAGCAAAAAGAAAAGCCCGAAGCUUCGUGCCAAGGCCGGGGAGUGUCGAGGCCUCAUUGCCUGGCUUCUUGAACUUGCAGAGGAGUUGCUGGAUCCUGCCUCCUCGGAGGAGGCAUGCAUGUUGCAGGGCUGCCGGAGAUUAGGGGCGCUUUACAGUUUGCUCCGGACCGCCCACUGGGACCCUCAGGCCUUCGAGGAGGAAGCCCGUGAGUUCGUGUUGCUUUUUGCAGCUCUAGAGGAGCAUUUUUUGUUAGCCUGGCCUGGCAGCAAGGUUUUUAAGGUCAAACCCAAAGCACAUCUCCUCAUGGAGAUGUCUGUGUUGGGAGGCCAAUCCCUCGUCUCACUGGACCUACCGUGA